GGCCGAGGGAGCCAAAGGCGUCAUGCAGCAGCUGAAAAGGCCAAUGCGAUUCUAGACACAGUUAUAAGGAAGUGUAGCGCCACUCUUCCUCUGCUUUGGUCACUGACUCAGGCCUCGCCUGGGACAUGACUGGGCCCAGUUUGGGGCACCACAGUCCCUACAAAAGGGGAUGUCCAGAGAAUGGGGACCAAAAUGGUGAAGGGUCUGGAAGCCAUGUCCUAUGAGGAAAGGCUUAGGGAGCUGGAGAAGAGAAGGUUAAGAGGGGACAUGAGAGCCCUGUUUAACUGUUUGGAGGGAUGUCACACUGAGGAGGGAGCAAGCUUGUUUUCUGCUGCUCCAGAGACUGUGAGGAAUGGGUUCAGGUUAUAGGGAAAGGGAUUCUUUUCAUUCAUGGGAUUUCCCAUCUUUUUCAAUUGAGAGACAUAAAGCUAAUGUGAAAGGAGGACAUCUCCUCUUGAGAGUUCAUCCAUGGAAGUGAAUGCCAGAUUGGGAGGUGCCAAGGACCAGAGUGGGAGCUAUCACCAAAAGUCGGAAAAUAAAGAUGAAGAGAGAAAUCAGCAGCUCACAGAAGAGGAGGAGGAGGGGGAGAAGAAAAGCGGAGCGAUGGGCAAGAAAACCUGGGGUGAAAGGGCCAAGAAGAUAAAGACCUUCUUAUGGAAUCCAGCAACAAGACAAUGCAUGGGCAGGACAGCUCAAAGUUGGGGCUUGAUCCUUCUCUUUUAUCUCGUUUUGUACACUUUCUUGGCUGGAAUGUUUUCAUUUUGCUUGUACGUCAUGUUGCUCACUGUGAGCCCUUAUACACCAAAGUACAGAGACAGAGUUGCUCCGCCAGGAGUUAUGAUUAGACCAUAUGUGAAUAAUGCAUUCAACAUUGUCUUCAACAUGUCCCAACCCAGUUCGUGGCAAAGUUAUGCUGACAACUUGGAACUGUACUUAAAAGAUUAUGACGACCUUGUUCAAGAAUCCUUAAAUAUUGUGUGCACUCCAGGCCAGUAUUUCAUUCAAGGCGACGAAAGCAGCACAAAAAAAGCUUGCCAGUUCAAGCGAUCCACGUUAAUGGAUUGUUCUGGAAUAAAUGAUAAUACUUUCGGCUACUCUGAAGGAAAGCCUUGUAUCUUGCUGAAGAUGAACCGCAUUGUAGGUUACCAGCCUGGCUAUGGGACUCCAGUGACUGUGAGCUGCAAAGUGCAGAAAGGUGAUGAAAAUGCUCUUGGCAGAGUGAAAUUCUACCCAAGUGAUACAUUUGAUCCCAUGUACUUCCCUUACUAUGGUAAACUCACACACGGCACCUAUGCACAGCCAGUGGUGGCCAUACAUUUUACAAGUGUGACAAAGAACACUGCCUUGAUCGUUCAGUGUCAACUGAAUGGGAAGGGCAUCAUCAACGACUAUAAUAAUGACCGGUUCCUGGGGCGCAUCCUUUUCACAUUGCACAUUGGAGACUAGAUCUGAGAGGCAUCUGUCUGCACUGUUUCUAUCUAAGGCAAUCUAAUAUCUUCCCACCAUGGUGAGGGAAAAGGUUGGGCCUGUUUUGGGGGACUAUUUUGGUUUUCUUCACAAACAAAAAGCAAAGAAAGGAUGGCUCAUGUGAUAUACUGUAGAAUUAAUGUAAUUGAAAUUGUUCGUUCUGCAAGCAAAUACCUGACUCGCGUAAGAGAACAUUUUAAAAAACGUUUUAAACACACAAGAUAGUUCAACUAACAAACUGGUGACUUUGCCAUUAUAUUCAGGUAAAAAAGGAAAUAUUUUUUCAUGCCUUUUGCCCCUUCCCAUCCUCCUGCUCCCAGAGUUGAACUCGCUGUCUAUACUGAAGUGAACCAACCCAACAUGGACACUCUAAGGCCUGACCAAGCAGGGCAGUAAACUCCUUCUGGAUUCUUAUUUUAAAGAGACUAUUAUUAACUGGACAACCAUCGCUGUAACAAUUUUUUCAAAUUGAUAUCUGCCUUCUUCAAAGCCCCCAUGUGAACAGCUAGCUGGCAUAAACUUAUGAAUCAAUGAUACUGAUCUGGUCAUUGAUACAUCUACUGAAACUGACAAGUUUGGAUUUAGAAAAGCAUGAAUACUGUAUAUGCUGGUUCACUGUUCAAAGGAAUAGUAUUGAUCUCUGAACAGACUCAGCUCCUCGUACUCACAAGACUAAUUUCUACUUCUGUUCCUAAGGAGAGAAAGUUCUCCAUAGGUUUGCCACCUGUGUGCCAAGUCAGGGCCCAAAAGAGGGAUAUUCUCAAGGGUUGUCCCUUGAUUCUCCGAUUCCUUUUCUCUGGCAGUUCACCUGUGCCUGAGUCAAGCUGCUUUCUGGAAGUGUUGUAAUCCACUAAUGCCCACAGAGGCUGUGCCCAUCCAAGGACAGGGCAAGACAGGGGUUUAAUCAAUGUAACUGGAAGCUAUCUUAACAUAUUUUCGUUUGAUCCUGAGUUCUUUGGACAGGGUGGAUUUUAAUUCAAAACGAAUGAGUAAAAACCUUCAUAAUGUG